CGGUUUAAAUGAAAUUUAAAUGGGGCUUGUUUCCAUGGCGACGCGGUGACUCGGUGGCUUUUACAACAGCGAGCUGCCGUCUGGCUUUGCUGCUCAGGGAUGCCUAGCUAUGCGAGUCUACCGUUAUGAUGACCGGGCGUAUGGGUAACCUAUAACCGCUUUAUGUCCGUAGCACCCGUAGUGCGGCAGCUCCAACAUGAUGACUUUCCAGGUAAACCGAUCGCUGCCUACCGCAAAGGCUUUGAUAUCCGAGGGAAGCUCAAAUUGCAGCCAGCGCGGCCCUGCUGCGGCUGGAUAUCCAGCGUACAGGAGCUUCGGGAUGGGGGCAGGUGGAGGACUAGCAGCUCUCAGGCAUAGUAAUCACAUGAGGGGCGAAAUGUCCGCGAUACAACCGUUGAGCAAGUCCAGGGACUGGAAAGCACUGGUUAGCAGCAUCAUCGCUGGAGGGUCACCUCACUUGGCCAAGGAUGACAAACUGGAGUCAAAGAACGAUGACCCGGAGGGCGCUUGUGGGAGGCACUUUCUCUUUGAUAGGACAUGCGAGACGAUAGAGAGGACCAGAAGUGUGAUUCCUCCACUGCCAAGAGACUACCAUGUGCACAGACAUGGCAACCUGCAUCCCUUCAGCCUCUCUAAGGAGCUUUCCCACAGCCAUGCUGGGCCGCCCCUCACCCUGGGCUACCCUGAAAGACAUGAACUGAUCGCAAGUCCAGCCAUCCUCCUUCCCUCCACUUUGGUCCUCAACGGCAGAAACACUUUCUUAGUAGAGAAAUGCAAGCUCAGCAGGCCUAAGGUGAAUUAUCCAACCUACAACCUACUGCCUGUUAAAGACAAUCAGAAGAGCCAGUCCUAUCCAGACCCAAUGGUGGGAGCCAGUCGCUCCUUUAUCCACAGGAUAUCUGAGCUGUCCUCUUUGGAAGGUGAGACAGUGAGGCAAGAAAAGCUCAAGAAAAUGAAGAAAGCUAGAAAACCUCCAUCCUGACAAUCACCUUCUUCCCAGUCGCCCUGGUUAAAGAUCAAAACCUCUGAGUCUGUGCCAACGACAUCUGAGCAAAAUAAAACAUUCUGGGCACCGUGUUCAUUCCAGGGGCUUGCUUUAGUUGCUUGUUUGUCCUCAGUGAUAUUAGUUUCCUGCUUAACAUGGCUGGUUUUCACAUUUUGGGAUUCCUGACCUGAGCUCCUCCCUUUUAGUCAUUACAUGUAGUAUCUACUGUAGUAAAUCGCACCCGUUUGCCACAAUAGCAAACGCUGAUGAUGAAUUAUUAUAUGAUAUUUUCUGACUCACAGCUUCUAGUAGUUUUCCACUCAACAUCUGCAUGAACAAAUAUUUAUUUUACCUUUCCAAUGGCUUGUAAUGUAAUACUGCCAUAUGUCUCACUGUACCAUCUUUACGUUACAGAGGCUGUCAUGCUUGGAUGUCAUUAACAGUGUUUGAAACAUUGGUGUUAGAUACAAUUAAGCUUUGUUAAGUAAGUGAAAUAUUUACCGGUAUGUAUAUAUGAAAUAGUUGAGCAAAACCAUUAUUGUGCCUUGUUAAACGUCUUCCUGGAAUUAAAUAAAUUUAUUUUUAUUAAUGUUA